AAGCCCAGUUUCCGCUCUAGAGGCGCAGGGCGGGGCUCCGGCUCGUGCGGUACGUAGUACGUGUGCUUUACAGCCUCCACAGCGGCUAGCUUGCGACUAAUAAACCGACGCAAAAGCUGCAAUUAGAAUCAUGGUGCUGCUUGAAAAUGACACGUUUCUCACAGAACUCACACGGCUGUUCCAGAAGUGCAGAACAUCUGGCAGUGUUGUCAUCACGUUAAAGAAGUACGACGGGAGGACAAAACCAACACCCCGAAAGGGCCACGCCGAGUCCUUUGAACCAGUAGACAACAAAUGCCUCGUCAGGGCAUCUGAUGGCAAGAAGAAAAUUAGCACAGUGGUCACCACCAAAGAAGUAAUCAAGUUUCAAAUGGCAUACUCCAAUCUCCUCAGAGCUCACAUGGAUGGACUUAAGAAGAAAGAUAAGAAAAGCAAAGGCAAGAAAACCAAAGCCACCCAAUGACCGACUGACUCAGUAACAUAACAAUGGGUACCUAAACGGGCCUGUACGAUCCUACGGAACAGCAAGAGCCUCCACCUGGUGGGUCGCUGCAUCUCGCUUUGGACCGAUUCACCCGAGGCCUCGGAAUCGCUGCUCAACCACCCGGGGACUGCUUUGAUUAUUGUGCCAUUGUUUGCAUGGUAAUGUCUCAUCCCUGGCAUUCUGGUGCCAGUGGAAGUCUGUAACGGAAACCUCGAGGAUUUCCUCUAACUCGUACAGGUCAACAUUACUGAAUCGCCACCAUUUCUCCUUUGGAACCAGGUCAUCAACAGCUGUGACACCUGUGACGGCAAAUCCGCUGAGCCCGAUGAUUACCCGCCUUUAAUGCUAUUUAAGUGUUAGGUCCAUUAUAUUUACAGCUGAUCUGUGACCACAGAGGCUGUUUUGAUUUGAUCUCUUUACCUUCAGAAGAAGUCAUUGAAGUUUUGUAUACUGUUUUUUUUAAUUGUGUUUAUUAAUUGCAUAAGCAAUGAAUUUACCAAGUUGCUUUAAACUAAAUCACGGCAGAUUUGACUAGAUUUUUUUUUUGUAUUAGACUAGAUAUUGUAGACAUUUACUUUAUUUAAUCAUUUUAUUUGACUUCCUAAAGCACAAUGGAUAUUUUUGUUUUAAAUUAUCAUACCAAACUAUAAACUGUCCGUCUUAAAUCGUUGAACCCAAACAAAAUGUAUUAUUUAGGUUAAUGUGGGUAAUUUAAAUAUGAAUUAGAUUUCUGAAUGAUGACUAAUGUUAAAUGCAGAUUUUAUUGAAAGCCAUUUUCUAAGUUAAUAUAAAGACGGACCAAGUUAGACGAACAUUUUUGUUAAUCACAAUUGCAAGGCGGGUGUAAUGACAGCUGGUAUGUGCUGUCGGCCGUUUGAAUCAUGCUGCCGGGUCCUGACCUCAUGGAAGAGGACGCCAGCACAAGAUACGUGCAGAAAUAAAGUGCUCCGUUGAAAGUCA